AUGUCUGACGAAGAGGUGCCGUCAACCUCUGGGGGUCCCGGGCCGGGAAAGGAGCAGGUCAAGGACCCUCCAUUCCUCCUGGCACUCCCUCCUAAAGCAGCAGUGAAGGAAGGCUCAGUGGACCCUGAGUACGAAGAGAAACGAAAAGCCGACAGGGCGAACAGGUUUGAGUUCCUAUUGAAACAGACUGAGCUGUUUGCCCACUUCAUCCAGCCGGCGAGUCAGAAAUCCCCCACGUCACCCCUGAAGGUUCGAGUGGGGAGACCCCGCACCAAACUUGACGAGAAACAGAACCUGCUGUCCGUCGGAGAUAAUCGUCACCGGCGGACAGAGCAGGAGGAGGAUGAGGAGCUGCUGUCAGAGAGCAGGAAGGCCGCGAAUCUUCUCGUCCGCUUCGAGGAGUCGCCUUCAUAUGUGAAGAACGGCGCUCUGAGAGAUUAUCAGAUCAGAGGACUCAACUGGAUGAUCUCUCUGUAUGAAAACGGCAUUAACGGCAUCCUGGCUGAUGAAAUGGGUUUGGGGAAGACUCUGCAGACGAUAGCGCUGCUGGGUUACCUGAAACACUACCGGAACAUCCCGGGUCCACACAUGGUUCUAGUGCCCAAAUCCACUCUGCACAACUGGAUGAACGAGUUUAAGCGCUGGGUCCCCACACUGAAAGCCGUCUGCCUCAUCGGAGAUAAAGACGCCAGAGCAGCGUUUAUCCGCGACGUGAUGAUGCCGGGCGAGUGGGACGUGUGUGUAACGUCGUACGAGAUGGUGAUCAGAGAGAAGUCCGUCUUUAAGAAGUUUAACUGGAGAUAUCUGGUGAUAGACGAAGCUCAUCGCAUCAAAAACGAGAAAUCGAAGUUGUCAGAGAUUGUCCGUGAGUUUAAAACGACGAAUCGUCUCUUGUUGACUGGAACUCCGUUACAGAAUAACCUGCAUGAGCUCUGGUCUCUGCUCAACUUCCUGCUGCCAGACGUGUUCAACUCUGCCAGCGACUUUGAUUCGUGGUUUGACACCAACAACUGUCUGGGUGAUCAGAAGCUGGUGGAACGGCUGCAUGCGGUGCUGCGGCCGUUCCUGCUGCGUCGGAUCAAACAAGAAGUGGAGAGGAGUCUUCCUCCGAAGAAGGAGGUGAAGAUCUACCUGGGCCUGAGCAAAAUGCAGAGAGAAUGGUACACCCGAAUCCUGAUGAAGGACAUCGACAUCCUGAACUCUGCAGGGAAGAUGGAUAAGAUGCGCUUGUUGAACAUUCUGAUGCAGUUGAGGAAGUGCUGCAAUCACCCGUACCUGUUCGACGGGGCGGAGCCGGGACCGCCGUACACCACCGACACACACCUGGUCACCAACAGCGGGAAAAUGCUGGUUCUGGACAAACUACUACCCGAAGUCCAGGAGCAAGGUUCUCGAGUGUUGAUUUUCAGCCAGAUGACCCGCGUGCUGGAUAUUCUGGAGGAUUACUGCAUGUGGAAGGGCUUCGAGUACUGCAGGCUGGACGGCAACACGCCGCACGAGGACAGAGAAAAAGCAAUUGAAACGUAUAACGCGCCAAACAGCUCGAAAUUCAUCUUCAUGCUGAGCACUCGCGCAGGGGGCCUUGGAAUCAACCUGGCAACCGCAGACGUCGUCAUCCUGUACGACUCGGACUGGAACCCCCAAGUGGACCUGCAGGCGAUGGAUCGCGCUCACAGGAUUGGUCAGAAGAAACCAGUCAGAGUUUUCAGACUCAUCACUGAAAACACGGUGGAGGAGCGAAUCGUAGAGAGAGCAGAGAUGAAGCUCCGCCUGGACUCCAUAGUCAUACAGCAAGGUCGUCUGAUUGAGCAGCAGAACAAACUGGGUAAAGACGAGAUGCUGCAGAUGAUCCGACACGGGGCCACUCACGUCUUCGCCUCCAAAGACAGCGAACUGACAGACGAGCACAUUGACUCCAUCCUGGAGAGAGGAGCCAAGAAGACGGCGGAGAUGAACGAGAGGAUGCAGAAACUGGGCGAAAGUUCUCUGAGAAAUUUCACCAUGGACACCAGCAGCGGAGAAACCAGCCUGUACAACUUCGAGGGAGAAGAUUACAGAGAAAAACAGAAGUUGAGUACGAUGGAGUGGAUUGAGCCUCCUAAGCGAGAGAGGAAGGCGAACUAUGCUGUGGACGCUUAUUUCAGAGAGGCGCUCAGAGUCAGCGAGCCCAGAGCUCCGAAGGCUCCUCGUCCUCCGAAGCAGCCAAAUAUUCAGGAUUUUCAGUUUUUCCCUCCGCGUCUGUUUGAGCUGCUGGAGAUGGAGAUACUGUACUACAGAAAAACCAUCGGAUACAAGGUUCCGAAGUCUCCAGAUAUUCCAAACGCAGCGCAGGUGCAGAAGGAGGAACAGAGGAAGAUCGACGACGCUGAACCUCUAACAGCAGAAGAGACGGAGGAGAAAGAGAAACUACUCACACAGGGUUUUACAAGCUGGAACAAGCGAGACUUUAACCAGUUUAUUAAGGCAAACGAGAAAUACGGCCGAGACGAUAUAGACAGCAUCGCCCGCGAGGUGGAGGGAAAAACGCCCGAGGAGGUUAUAGAGUAUUCAGCCGUGUUCUGGGAGCGCUGUAAUGAACUGCAGGACAUCGAGAAGAUCAUGGCUCAGAUCGAGAGAGGAGAAGCCCGUAUCCAGAGACGGAUCAGCAUUAAAAAGGCCCUUGACGUGAAGAUAGCGCGGUAUAAGGCUCCGUUCCACCAGCUGCGUAUCCAGUACGGCACUAAUAAAGGGAAGAACUAUACAGAGGAGGAGGAUCGCUUCCUGAUCUGCAUGCUGCACAAAAUGGGCUUUGACAAAGAGAACGUUUAUGAAGAGCUGCGUCAGUGCGUCCGAAAUGCCCCCCAGUUCAGAUUCGACUGGUUCAUCAAGUCCAGGACAGCUAUGGAGCUGCAGAGACGCUGUAACACCCUCAUCUCCCUAAUCGAGAAGGAAAACAUGGAAAUCGAGGAGAAAGAGAGAGCGGAGAAAAAGAAAAGAGCUCCCAAAGGACAAUCAGCCCAAAAACGGAAAGCUGAAGCUUCGUCUGACAGAAAGGAGAAGAAAGCCAAAGCCUGAUUCCGUCCUUUAGGGAUUUGGAUUGUUUGUUCGUCAUCCUUUACGGCAGCGACCGUUCAGGACUUGGUAUAGAUCCAGCUCCAUCCCAUAAUACUCACGACUCAAAAUCACAACCAGGACGAGUCGAGCAAUCGCGCGUUCCUCCACGAGUCGGGCUGCUUUCGCUGCCGCUUCAUUUUUACUCAGCUGCCGUCUUUAACUCUCAGUAGAUGUUUAGCUUGCCAUACGUCAUUUUAUAUUUACGUUCUUCUACCUGUUUUAUAAAAAAAUAUAUUUUCCCAUGUUCCGCUUUGACUUUCUGCCUUUCUAUGGCCAGUGAUGGGUUCAAAUGUCCGUUUUAUGGUCCGAUUGUGGAUCACGCUGUUUGAAUUGCAUGUGCAGAGCCAGUUUUAUCACGUCGUCUUUCACGCGCCCUUCUCUACGUCCCUGUUGUGUUACCUGCUCUGUUUAAGCCUAUUUACAUAUUCAUUUACAUAUUCAAGAAUUUUUCAGAUUAUCUAUCUUUGAUAUGUGUUUGAGUUCUGUGUUAUUAAAAAAAAACAAAAUAUUUCCCUUA